AUGGAACCCAUCGCCGAGCGUGUAUACAUCGCAGCCCGUCCCUCUUCCCCCUGUCCCGUGACAGGCAACGGCAACACCGAGAUUUGGCUGGUAUACCACCAAACCUCCCGCACGAGCAAGCCGGCCACCGCCCAGCUCAUCGACUUGGAGCUCCAGCAUUCGCUCACGGAUUUCGGGGAUGUGCUCGACCACAUCUUCCAGAAGGGCUUCGUCGACGCGAAGUAUCGACCUGUGACCUGGUUGGAGCAGCACGACGGUGCCAGCGUGAAGGCGACUCAGAGCGUGCAAGACCUGCUGAAGCUCGGUGCUGGGAAAAGCCCCGAGACCGCGUUGCGUCUCGUCAUCGCUGACCGGCCCUCGGUCAUCUGGCUCACCUACGUGUUCCUGCGCACGCCGCGCGCACAGGCGGCCACGCAACGCGUCAAGCUCGAUGCGCCGAACCUGAAGUGCGAGCGGCUCGCGCACAUCACAAACCACAUCUUCGCCAAGGGGUAUCUCCCCGCCAACUAUCGCUCGCUUGUACACUGGCAGGGCGCGUGUGGGAAGCAGGUGAACGAUAACGCAAUGGUAGAGGAUCUGCUGUCACGGGGUGAGGGCGUGUCGGAGGAUAAGUCGCUCCGUCUCAUUAUCGGUAGGUCGCAUAUCUGGCACCUUAUACGCGUCGGUUCACUGACGAAAAAUUCUGCGACAUAA